AUGUCAUCUUCUGUUCGUAAAAGCAAGAAGAAAGCUGCCGAAGACAGCACCAGGGAAUCAGCUGGUUUCUCUCUAUUCAAGAAUAUGACGGAAGCGGAAGAAUCUGUCGAUUGGGUUAUUGAUAUUGACACCGACUACCCAGAAAGCCAUGGUCACGGCUUGUCUGUCCAUUGCAUUGAACAAGGGCUGCUUGUGGAGAAUGCGUCUGGUAAAGUCAAGGCCAAUACUCUGAAGAUCUAUCUCGAGAACUUUGUCGAUUUGAACGAUUACGAUCAUUACCAAGGCACCAUCGUUCUCAAGGGCGAAGGCUUCUUGAUCUCGAAGCCGUCGACUCCAUCCUACAUGUUGAACCAUCAUCAAGAUCUGCAUGCCCUAGAGAGCGAGUUCAAUCAGAACGUUGCUGAUGAGCAUUCAGCAUGGAUCACUGCCAUCAACAAGGACAAGUCUCGACAAACCAAGACGAUUCUACUCGUGAUGCCACAAGCCACUGACAUUGAAGGGCCUCGGCCGAGGGCACCUGAUGGCGAACCUUCUUUUUUUUUUCUUUUUGGGGGGGGGCAAGUUCCAUUUCGCGAGCUGCAGUGCGAGGAUAAGGUUGAAGAAAGGGCCGUCGAACAGCUCUUCUUUCCUGGCUUUUGGAACCUUCGCAUUAUUGAAGGAGCUACUGAGAUUGAAAAGGCUACGGAACAGAAGAAGAGUCUCCUCAGUGCUUUUGAAGGCUGCCGUAUCCAUGAUUCUCGUGUCAAGAAGACUAGAAAGAAAGCAAAGCAGCAGCAGCCAAUGACUAUCGAACAGCAGCCAAUGGCCAUCGAACAGCGCACAUCUCCCCCUCCCCUUCAGCACGGCUACUCUUUCGCUCGGUAUGCUUUGGAAGAUGUGCCAAGCACUGCUGUUCCUACUAGUGGUGGAGCCGAGCCUGUCAAGAGCAUUUGGGGACUCUUAUCUGCAUCGACCACAACGACACCACCUCGUCCUAGUCUUCCUCGUCCAAUCAAGGAAGAAUCGCCUUCUCCCAUCAAGCAAGAAACGCCUUCGCCUCCACGAAAGCCAGCACCAAAGCCAGCUUUGAAUCUCUUUGGAUCGCCAACCAAUGAGCCCAAGAGCAGCACUCCACCAUCAGGUUCCUUUGCAGAGGACUCGCAAGAAUGCUUUCAAGCAAACUGUCAACAGCGAAGACCAACGCAGAGCUCGCGACGCAUCUCGAAGAAAGAGCGGCCAAAACAAGAGGAACACUGCAAUCAAUCGAGCUAG